AUGGAGCCCGAUGCUGCCUUGCGAUGGCGUCAGCCUCAGCAGAGGGCGCACUCAGACGAGAACGGUCGCCCCAGCACCGCCGUGUCGGUCGCCACUUCGGCCUCGAGCUUCCAUAUCCCAGGUGUUCGUCCCCUUGUCCCGGUCAUCACGCGCGAUCUACAGCCAAUGGGGCAGCAGCUCUCUCCUGAUGCAUCGUUCGCCCGCAUUUUUGCUCCCCAAACCCAGGAUGGCAACUUGAUCCGGCACGCCGACGGACAGCAACAGAGUCCUCCCCUCCAUUGGCUGCGUAGGCACGGCCCUUCUCCUAGAGAGCUUCUCGAUACUUCCCAGGGUGUUCAGAACGAGCUUGAUGCUGCUCGCGUGCCUGUGUAUCCGAGCUUUGGGGGGAGCAAUCGAGAUCCGACGCUCGAUUGGUCCCAUGCUCAUCACCCCCUCACUCUACGUCCUACCACUGUCUCGGCCGACGAUCAACCCCGUCCUUUCACAGCAUCAUCCUACCAUCGUAAUAAGCUCGUCACUGCAGACACCACUGCUGGCAGCUACGUUUGCGCGUUGAUCGAAAAUCGAGGCACCGGUCGUGAAGUCGGCAUCGCAACUAUUGAGCGAGAGACAGAACCGAGAAGCAGCAAGCGGCCCAAGACGUACGGCGACGGGAGCGCUGAUAGCGACGGUGGGAGCCACGCCGGGGGACUGGGGAAGAGCAACAAAUCGGUGCUAAUUCGCAGCAUUGAGCAGCUCUACGACAUAGAGGCCAAGCCUUUCCCGCGGAAACACUGGAACUACGUUGAAGAUCUGAACGCCAAAGCCUCCACACGAGCUGCGAUCUUGGUCGCCGUGGCAGACAAGUUCUACCUGCUUUCCGCUUUGGCCGGUCUCAUCGAAUUCUACAUGGAGACUUUCAACCGUGUUUUCACCCCAAAGACACUACGGAUCCGAUAUAUUUUCCCUGAAGGUAAGGUGCUGGUGCUCAGUCGCGCUUUCUUUGCUCCAACUUGGCCUCCGACGCAUAUUGACACGGCCAGCAAUCUUGCAGAUACUAUCCUGAUCAAUAGCAACACUGCUCAUGAUCUCGAGCUCGUCCGUAACUUGAUCGAUUCCAAGUCUAAAGACUCGCUCUAUGGUGAGUUUUCUAUCCGGAAUUGUACAGAUCGAAGUGGGACUGACUCUGCACCUGCUUGUCGACGAACAGGACUGCUCAAUCACUGUGUUUCGCCAAUGGGACAACGACUGUUGAGGACCAACAUUCUUCAGCCACUGACUGACAUUGACGCCAUAUUGGUACGACAGGAGGCUGUAGCCGAGUGCAUCCAUAGCGAGGAACGCUUCCACGCCAUAUCAGAAAGCUUUAAGCCCAUCAAGGUUGGAUCAAUCGAUCUCGACAAGCUUAUCCACACUCUCUCGUGUCCUCCGAGCUCUGGUGACGGCACCAGACUGGAGACGGAGAGAAAGAUCGGUAGCGUCCUGAGCCUCAGAACGCUGCUGCGCUCGCUCGGCCCAGCCAAGUUUCUCGAAUCGGCCGAUGUGGACGAAAUCAACGACGCCAUUCUGGAGACGGUCGACGAAGACGUUCUUCAUGCGAAAGGAGGGCUAGGAUCCCGGCACGCCAGAAUGGUGAGUCUGUCUGGUUCUGAGGUGCGAGCUCGCUCUUCGAUCUCUGACACCGAACUAUCAAGGAAUUUGUUCGCCGUACGAAACCAGUAUGCUGUGAGGGCACAGCGCAGUCCGCUGCUCGAUGUCGCGAGACAGACGUACCGGGAGAACUUGGACGACAUUGAUGAGCUCAAACAGCGCCUGGAGAUCGAACAGCUCCGCACCGAGCUUGACCGCAGUCAAAUCAGGGAGUUGCCGGAGUACUUCACAAAUGUCAGCCGCGCCAAAGUUGGCAAAAGCGUCACAAUGACGACGCUUGCUCUGAAAAAGCUCAACGCUCGGCUGCUGGAUUCGAUGAACGAGGUAUGCAACAUGUCCGAAACCAUCAUCGACGAGUUGAUCGAGAAAGUCAUCGGCCAAAUUGCAUCCCUCAACAAGGUCUCGGAAGCGUUGGCUCUGCUGGACAUGAUCGUCAGCAUGGCGAUCGUGUCUCGAGCCAACGACUACGUUCGCCCUGUGCUCGGGGAAAGGCUCGACAUCCGUAACGCCCGUCACCCUAUUCUCGACAGGGUCGACAUCCUUGGUGCCGGUAACUCGAGCGUGGUCACGCGUAGAAGAUGUCCGUUCGUACCCAACGACAUCUAUCUUGCGCCCGGAGAACGCGUCUGCCUGAUCACCGGGCCCAACAUGUCCGGCAAGAGCACGCUCCUCCGUCAGGUCGCGCUCAUCACCGUUCUGGCAGGUAUAGGCUGCUUCGUUCCUGCCUCACGCGCCACGCUGCCCAUCCCAGACGCUCUGCUCAGCUUGCUCACCCACGAAGACGACGCGACGCAGAAUCUUUCAACCUUUGCUGCCGAAAUGCGCACUUCUGCGUUCAUCCUCAGUGUCGCUACGCCACAGUCGCUCGUCAUUCUCGACGAGAUGGGCAGAGGCACCAGCCCCGAUGAAGGCUGCGCCAUCGCGACAGCAAUCGUCGAGGAUCUCAUCAGCCAAAAGGGCUGCACGGUGUUCUACGCUACACACUUUGGUGAGCUCGUCGAAGGGUUCCAAGGCAAAGGGGGGGUUGUGUGCCAGCAUCUCGACGUGGGAGUGGUGCAGCGAAGAGAAAAUGUGGAUUUGGUCUUUCACCACAAGCUGCAUCUAGGACCGGGUCUCAACACGCACUACAGCCUUCAAGUCGCCAGGAUGAUGGGCUGUUUUAGCGACGACUUCUUGCAGCGCGCCAGAGACGUAGCCCUGACUGAAGAUUCGACCCGCGCCGAGAAAGCUGCGGAAUUGGACGAUCCGACAAAGGAGAGACGAAAAGUGGUGCGCAACCUAGUUCGACUUCUGCGCUGCAUAGAGAAGGGAGCCCCGGUCGGGGAGUCAUUGGAGGACUCGAGUGAGACAGACAUGGGAGGUGAUGCGCAGUCGCUGGGCGGAAGACUUGCCCGACUUCAGUUGCGCGCUGUUACUGAGCUGGAAGGCACAUACGAAGAUUGA